AUGACCAGCAAAUUCUUGAUGAUGCUGAGGGUGUCUCAGGCUCUCCCCACCAACUGGUGGUGGUCCCUGGCCCUAGCCACCUCCUCUCCUCCUGAUACUCCUGGGGUCCUCCAUCCCCCACCUCCUGCCCCACCUUCCUCCUGUGCUCAGCAGGCCUCCCCUAACCCCUGGAAUCCAGCCCCAGCUCCCGUGAGCAGCCCUCCCUUGCUGCUGCCCAUCCCCGCCAUCGUCUUCAUCGCUGUGGGCAUCUAUUUGUUGCUGCUGGGCCUAGUGCUGCUGACCAGGCGCUGCCUGCUGGCCCAGGGCUGCUGCACAGACUGCAGCUCCCCCUGCGGGAAGCAAGGUUCCUCCGGGCCCCAAGACUGUUGCUGGACCUGCGCGGAAGCCUGCGACUUCCCUCUGCCUAGCCCAGCCCAUUACCUGGAUGCGUGCUGCCCCCCGCCCCCCGAAGCUGGUUGGGCCCCUCGCUGCCCUCGCUGCUGCCCACUGUGCGACUGUGCCUGCGCGUGCCAGCUGCCCGACUGCCAGAGCCUCAACUGCCUCUGCUUUGAGAUCAAGCUCCGAUGAGGACUCAGGGUCCCUGCCCUUUGGGCAGCAGCCAACCCCCAGGGCCCACGUGCCGUCUGCCCUAAGGAACUUUAGGGCAUCUUUCUCUAGGUCGCUGGAACCACAGAUGGCCUGCCUGGCUCACUGGCCUGGGAGCCAGCAGUGGAGAGCCUGGCUCCGGGCAGGGCAGGACUCAGACAGCCUUUGGCCAGGUGGAGUGCAGCGUCUUUGGAGGACCAGGAGAGAGGGGAGCUAGUGCUCUGGCAGGUGCACCUGCCCCUCUUCCCCAAGUAAAUGAUGACAUGUGAAGGU